AUUAUGCCGGAUCACGAAGACCAAAGCAUUUCUCAGCUGCUGGUUAGAAAUCUUCUGACUAUUCUUGUAGUCCACAGAAUGACUUCCUUCUGGGCUACAUCGAUAAGACUUUCGUCAAGUCCAAGCCGCUUGGUGUGUUGGAUCAGAUGCAUCUCAACAAGACCAUUGGUCGUGAUGACCAAUGGAAGGAUCAGAGUGGAGGCUUUCUCAGCGUUGUCAUCCGCUGGAACCGUGAUGUCAAUUAUUAUCGCUGUUUUUUCUUUUUUGUCAAAGAUAACUAUGUCUGGUCGGUUGUGUGAAAUUGGCCUAUCAGUAAUCAGUGGAUGAUCCCAGUAUAGCUUCAGGUUUGCAUUCUCUAGUAGUGUUUGUGGUGAGUAUUCAUAAACUUUUUUAUGUUGUUUCAAUAACCCAUGUUUUAUAGCAAGUGCCUGGUGGUAAACUUUUGCCAUGGCAUUGUGGCGAUCCGUGUAUUCUCUGGGAGCGAGGGUCGAACAGGAUGAA